UAAAUUGAAGCUCCACCGCGCAUGCAAACUCACCACUCUGUCACAAUAUUUCUCACCAAGAAACAUACAGAGAUCGUAGCUAGCAAGGCAUGGGUACAGAAGGAGAUUUCACGGUGACGGUGAGCAAGGAGGAAGUGGUGGCAGCAGUGUUACCAUUGCAGGAACACUGGCUACCAUUCUCCAACCUUGACUUGCUGCUGCCAGCCGUUGAUGUGGGGGUCUUCUUUUGCUACAAGAAAGCAGUAGGUGUAGGGGACGCCAUGACCUUCGGUUCCAUGGUUAGUGUACUCAAGAAGGCCAUGGCUCAGGCUCUCGUCUCCUACUACGCCUUCGCCGGCGAGGUUGUGCCUAACACCGUGGGUGAGCCCGAGCUUGUUUGCAACAAUCGAGGGGUGGAUUUCAUUGAAGCUUACGCUGACGUCGAGCUCCGAAAUCUCGAUUUGCAUAACCCUGAUGAAAGCAUUGAAGGCAAACUAGUACCUAAGAAGAAACAAGGGGUGCUCUCGGUUCAGGCAACUGAACUUAGAUGCGGCGGAUUAGUGGUGGCAGGUACAUUUGAUCAUCGUAUAGCCGAUGCCUACUCAGCCAACAUGUUUCUUGUCUCUUGGGCUGAAAUGGCUCGGUCCAAGUCAAGCUCCGCGGUUCCAUCCUUUCGCCGGUCUCUGCUGAACCCCAGGCGUCCAGGGCGUAUUGACCCCUCUCUAGACGACAUGUAUGUGCCCAUAUCCUCAUUGCCACCCCCCAAACAGCAACAUCAAGCCACUGAUCAACUGAUUAGUCGCAUAUAUUACAUUACUGCUGAACAACUCAAUGAGCUUCAAUCACUCGCCUGCUCUAAUGGAUACAAAAGGACUAAGCUUGAGUCUUUCAGUGCAUUUUUGUGGAAAAUGGUAGCACUUGUUGCGGCUAAAGAUGAUGAUUCCGAGUUUACAAAAAUGGGGAUCGUUGUGGAUGGAAGGGGUAGAUUAGGUGAAGGAGAUAAAGACAGAGCAAGUCUAAUGAGUUGUUAUUUCGGAAAUGUUCUUUCCAUUCCCUACGGAGGCCAAAAGGUAAAUGAACUGAUCGAAAAGCCCUUGUCCUGGGUAGCCAAUCAGGUUCAUAAUUUCCUAGACCAAGCCGUGACAAAGGAACAUUUCCUAGGCCUGAUUGAUUGGGUUGAAGCUCACCGUCCUGAACCGGCGCUGGCCAAGAUAUACAGCAACGGCAGUGAUGAUGGACCGGCAUUCGUGGUAUCAUCGGGGCAACGUUUCCCGGUUUCAAAAGUGGAUUUCGGGUGGGGUUGCCCUGUUUUUGGUUCAUAUCAUUUCCCUUGGGGAGGGGACGCUGGAUACGUGAUGCCAAUGCCCAGCCCGGCAAGGGAAGGUGAUUGGGUGGUGUAUAUGCACCUUUUCGAAAGCCAGUUGGAGCUGAUAGAGACCGAAGCUAGCCAUGUGUUUAGGCCUCUCACUUUUGAUUAUCUUGAUUUCAGUGGCUCCAAUUAAUUCACCAUUUUUACUGUUUUACCUGUAAAAUUGCAAGCUUGGUACAUCAGGAAAAUUUUCUGUGUGGUCAUGUUGUGUUUGAAUUGGGACAAGUUUGGGUCCUGCUACUACUUUGAUUUCACCUUUCUUGUAAUCAUAUGUAAAUACAAACGAGAAGCACAUGAUUCAGGGCUGAAACG